GAAAAGGAUCCCGAGCCAUACGGAGCGAUCAGAGACCAAAGCAUCUCCGCGCUGGCACACGAAAUGGGAGUACACGUCAUCUGCGAGCCCUCACACACUCUGUACCCGCUGGAGCGAAUCCUGGAACGCGCUGGAGGCAGAGCUCCCCUCACCUACAGGCAGUUCCAGACCGUGCUAGUUGCGAUGGAGCCACCGCCCCAGCCUGUGGAUACCAUCUCGCAGGAGAACCUGUGCGAUGCUCGGACUCCUCUGGGUGCUGACCACGAUGAAAACUACGCUGUACCUACAUUAGCCGAGCUGGGCUUUGACACGGAAAACCUGAAGCCUGCCGUCUGGCCUGGAGGGGAGACGGAGGCCCUGGCGAGGCUUGAGAGGCACCUGGAGAGGAAGGGUCCAACGGAGUGGUGCCCUGCUGACGGCCGCUGCUGGCCUGUGUGCCAUGCUUUGCAGGCAUGGGUAGCCAGCUUCGGUAGCCCAAAGAUGACCCCGCAAUCCCUGCUGGCGUCGCAGACCGGGCUCAGCCCAUAUCUACGCUUCGGAUGUCUGUCGCCGAGGCUCUUCUAUCACCAGCUAGCGGACCUUUACCGAAAGAUCAAGAAGUCGAACCCUCCCCUGUCGCUGCAGGGCCAACUCCUGUGGCGGGAGUUCUUUUACUGCGCCGCAACGAGAAACCCUCACUUCGACCGCAUGCACAACAACCCAAUCUGCGUACAGAUUCCGUGGGACGUCAACGCCGAGGCUCUCGCCAAAUGGGCCAAUGGGCAGACGGGAUACCCAUGGAUCGACGCCAUCAUGACUCAGCUGCGGGAAGAAGGCUGGAUACAUCACGUGGCCAGGCAUGCCGUUGCAUGCUUCCUCACAAGGGGGGACCUGUGGAUUUCUUGGGAAGAGGGUAUGAAGGUGUUUGACGAGUUGCUACUGGACGCGGAUUGGAGUGUGAAUGCCGGCUCCUGGAUGUGGCUGUCCUGCAGUUCUUUCUUUCAACAGUUCUUCCACUUGUACUGUCCUGUGCGCUUUGGCAGGAAGGCGGACCCUUCGGGAGACUUUAUCAGGCGGUACUUACCAAUUCUAAAGAACUUUCCGAGCAAGUACAUCCACGAACCCUGGUCUGCACCGGAACAGGUUCAGAUAGCGGCCCGCUGCAUUGUGGGACGUGAUUACCCACUGCCUAUGGUAAACCAUCAGGAUGUAUCGCGUAUCAACCUGCAGCGCAUCCGUCAGGUCUACCAACAGCUCACACAUUUCAAGGGUCUGUUUCCAAGUGUCUCAAGCAACUCAUCAUCGCCUGGUAAUGACUGCGGGGGUACACCCGGGUCAAAAGGAAGCAAAUUCAUCGACAACCUCAAGGCCAAAGUAAAAAAUACAAUGCACCAGCAACAAGAAGCAGAAGAAUCCAUGGAAGGUGUAGUCUGAUUGGCGGGUCAUCCCAAAAUAACAUAUCCCAUCGCAUCAUUCUCACAGCCGUUCUGAGGUCAAAAUAAUGUAUAAUCGAAAUAAACUAAUAAAUACCAACAAAUAAA